CAGGCGCCGCUCUGCUCCGCUCCGCUCCUCUCCGCUCCGCUGCUGCAGCCGCUGCGGGCUCGGCGCCGGCUUUGUCUGUCCUCGGGCGCGCGCCGCUGCGGUUACUGGACAGGAUGGCAUUUCUGAUAGGAAACACAAUGUUCUGUAUUAUAAAGCCAGUUUCUUCAAAGUCUUGGAGAAUUUGAUUCCUCAGACUUGUGAUCAAAGGAGAAGCCUGUUGACAAUCUCUCCUCACUAAUCAAGGAGGUACUGGAAACACAGCUGACUUGACACUUGUUGGAGACCUCACAACAGGUGUUCAAGACCAGCCCAUGGAAGAAUCAUAUGAGGAGGUGGCGAUCUACGUCAUAGAGCACGAGUGGACAUGUUUGGAUUUCCCACAGCUACCCUGCUGGAUUGUCACGGAAGAUACGCCCAGAAUGUAGCAUUUUUCAAUGUGAUGACCGAAGCCCACAAGUAUGAUCACUCAGAGGCCACAGGAUCUUCAAGCUGGGAUUUCCAGAGUUCCUUCAGAAGAGAGAAGCUGGAACAGAAGUCCCCCGAUUCUAAGGCACUGCAGGAAGACUCCCCUGGAGUGAGACAGAAGGUCUAUGACUGCCAGGAAUGUGGGAAAUCUUUCCGGCAGAAAGGUAGUUUAACGUUACACGAGAGAAUUCACACCGGUCAGAAGCCCUUUGAGUGCACUCACUGCGGGAAAAGCUUCAGGGCCAAAGGCAAUCUAGUUACCCAUCAGCGCAUACACACGGGCGAGAAGCCCUAUCAGUGCAAGGAAUGUGGGAAGAGCUUUAGUCAACGAGGCAGUCUAGCUGUCCACGAGAGACUCCACACCGGACAGAAACCCUACGAAUGUGCCAUUUGCCAGAGAAGCUUUAGGAAUCAAAGUAACCUUGCUGUUCACCGAAGAGUUCACAGUGGUGAGAAGCCCUACAGAUGCGAUCAGUGUGGAAAAGCCUUCAGUCAAAAAGGAAGCCUGAUCGUCCACAUCAGAGUUCACACAGGCCUAAAGCCCUAUGCCUGUUCUCACUGCCGGAAGAGUUUCCACACCAGGGGGAAUUGCAUUCUGCAUGGAAAAAUCCACACAGGAGAGACCCCCUAUCUCUGUAGCCAGUGUGGAAAAAGCUUCACUCAGAGAGGGAGUCUGGCAGUGCACCAGAGAAGCUGUUCCCAAAGGCUCACCCUGUGACCACUAUCUUCAAAGGAAGUUCUUUUUAUGAAUUAAAUGCAAGUACAAAAUCCUCUAUGGUCAAGCAGCCUAUCCAAUUUUACAUGGUGAGUGGAGACUCUUCAACAAAGACCAGCAUUGGGUAUGGCAAACUUGAUUUUUCCCUUUCCCCAAAAUAAGUAUGAAAAAUAAAUGUGUUGUUUAUCAUGAUGUA